AUGGCAUCUGAAUCUCCAUAUUAUGAUGCUUUACCAAGUGACUUGAGUCCUUUCCACUAUGAUGUAUCAAUCUAUGACAUUGAUGUGGCUCAAGAUACUUUUGCUGGUAAAGUUAAAAUUCAUUUGAAAGUUAAUCAAUCAACUGAUGAAGUAUGCUUAAAUUAUAGAGAUUUAACUUUUAAAAAUUCAGACGUAGUCAUCGAAGUAGAUGAUGGUAGUAAAAUAUCGGUUGAAAAAUUAACUGUGGUAUCUGAAAAGGAAUUCAUUCAUAUGAAAUUGGCUGAAAAGAUCAAUGGUACUCAAGCAACUAUUACUAUUGACUAUAUUGCUAAAAUCCAAUCCAAUAUGGCAGGUUUCUAUAGAUCUGAUUAUAUGGAAGGUGAUAAGAAAAAAGUCAUGUUAAGUACUCAAUUUGAAGCUCCUGAUGCUAGAAGAGCUUUCCCCUGUUUCGAUGAACCUAACUUGAAAGCCACAUUCUCCAUCGAUUUGACUAUUAUCAAUGAAUGGACUGGUUUAUCUAACAUGCCAGUAAGUAAAACAGAGAACUUAGGGGCUUUAAAGAAGAUAACAUUCGAAAAAACUCCAAAAAUGUCCACUUAUUUAGUAGCUUGGUGUUGUGGGGAUCUUGAAUAUGUUGAAUCUUUUACCAAUGAUCUUUAUUAUGAUGAUAAACCUUUACCCAUUAGAAUUUAUACAACCAAGGGUUAUUCUAAGGCAGCAAGCUUUGCUUCUGAAAUUACUCCAAAAAUCAUCGAUUACUUUUCAACAAUCUUUGAUCUUAAAUACCCAUUACCUAAAUUAGAUCUAAUCGCUGUCCACACAUUUUCUCAUAAUGCCAUGGAAAAUUGGGGGUUAGUCACCUAUAGAAGUAAUGCUUUAUUAUAUGAUGAAAAGACCUCGGGUCCUUCUUUUAUCAAACAAGUAUGUUAUGUCAUUGCACAUGAAAUGGCACAUCAAUGGUUUGGAAAUUUAGUUACUAUGAAAUGGUGGGAUGAAUUAUGGCUUAAUGAAGGUUUUGCAACUUUCGUUGGUUAUAUAGCUGUUGAACAUUUGAAACCAGAAUGGGAUAUUUUCAAUUUAGUGAUUUCUGAAUCUCAACAAUUAUCUUUAGGUUUAGAUGGUUUAAGAUCUUCUCAUCCUAUCCAUGUCCCUGUCAUAAAUGCUGUUGAUAUUGAUCAACUUUUCGAUGGUAUCUCAUAUCACAAAGGAUGUUCAAUCAUUUCCAUGAUUUCAAAUUAUGUUGGUAAAGAGACUUUCUUGAAAGGGGUUUCAAACUAUUUGAAAGCAAAUAAAUUUAACAAUGCCACUACUUCCGAUUUAUGGAAUGCUAUUGCUGAUGUUUCAGGUAAACCCAUCGUAUCAAUGAUGGAUAAUUGGAUCCGUAAAAUAGGUUUCCCAUUGGUGAGUGUUGAUAUCAAUGAUAACAAUUUGGUUUUAACCCAAAGAAGAUUUUUAAGUACUGGUGAUGUAACACCAAAAGAGGAUGAAACUGUCUGGUGGUUACCAUUGAACAUUUCCACCGGUCCUCGAGAAGUAAACCAAUUAACUAACUUGUCAAUUGAUGCUUUUGAAAGUAAGAAAGUUAUCAUAGAAAACUUCCCAUUAUCUGAAGAUUUCUUCAAAUUAAGUAAGAAUUCUUCCGGUUUCUACAGAGUUAAUUAUUCACCUUCUAUCUUGAAAAACAAUAUUUUACCAUUUAUGGAAAAUUUGACAGCUAAGGACAAAAUUGGUUUAUUUGCUGAUGUUCAUGCUAUUGCUAUUUCUGGUAUGGAACCUGAAACAAAUACCAUAACUUUCUUAGAAUUGUUGAAGUCUAUUGUUGAAAACGGUAAUAUUGGUGAAGACUAUGCUGUCUGGGCAGAUUUAUCGGAAUUGAUAACUAAACUCGAGGUAGCUUUCUGUUUUGAUGAUGAAUUCAACCAAGGUAUUAGAAAUUUCACUAUAAGUAUUUACAAGUCCAUUGGUUUGAAAUUGUUAGAGGAAUUGAAAGCCAAUGAUGAUCAAGUUGAUGAAUCAAACUUCUUGAAAGUUAACUUAAUUUCCAUUAUAUUCCAUAAAUGUGGUUUAUUGGCAAUUCCUGAGUUCGUCGAUUACAGUAAGAAAUUGUUUUCUUACUGGAAGAACGGUGAAAAAUCCAAAGUUCAUCCAAGUUUAAUACUUUAUGUCUUCUCCACCAUUUCUUCAUUACCUGAUUUAUCCAGUGAUGACUUUGAUGUCAUAGCUAAAGAAAUUACCCAUCCAACUACUUUAGAUUCUGGUGAAGUAGCUGUUAAAUCUUUACCAUCAACUACCAAUCCUGAAUUCAUGGAAAAAUUGUUCCAAUACAUUAUUGAUCCAAAGAUUGUUCCUGUGAUGGAUAGUCAUUAUAUGGCCAAAAGCUUGACUUUGAAUCCUUCCAUUAAACAUAAAUUCUGGACUUUCUUCAAAGAAAAUUACGACAGUUUCUACAAAAACCUUUCAGUAAAUGUCGCUGUCAUGGAAAGAUUCAUUCGUUUCACUUUUGUCAAUUAUCAAUCACAAGCAAUGGUCGACGAUUUCACUGAAUUCUUCAAAUCAAAAGGUGUUGUAGGAUUCGAAAGAAGUUAUGAUCAAGUUAUAGAUAACAUCAAAACCAAUGAUAAUUGGUUCAAGAGAGAUGGUGACAAAGUCAAACAAUGGUUCAAAGAGAAUAAUUUUAUUCAAUAG